GGCCGCCCGGGUAGGGCGGGGGCGGCCUCGGCCCCCCUGACGGGUUUGUGCUGUGCCCGCAGUGGUUUCGCAGCGAGGCGGACGGCGGGGAAGGCGCCGGGGGGCUAACGGCCAGCAAGUUCCGGGCGGACUGGGCCUACCGGCAGCAGGAGUUUGAGGUAUUUCCAGGGCUCUGGCACGGCCUGGGGCCUGGGGCCUGGGCCGAGCCCGGGCCCUGGUCGGUGGAAGUUGCGGGGAUAUAAGCUGGGGUGAUCCUGUAGUCCCCGCCGUGCUGAGUGCGUGUGUUUGUGUAUUUAUGUAAAAAAGCCUCCCGGCUGAGGCACAGCCUGGGGGUGCUGGAGUCCGUGGCGGGUUACGUCCAGCUUGAUGGCUCCUCGUUUGUGCUGACAGCGUGACAGCCCCACGGGCAGUCACGGUGAGCUGGUGAAGAGCCGUCCUGCUGGCUGAGCUGCGGCCAGGCCACGAUGGGUAACUGUGCUCUGGCGAGCUCCCCCAGCCAGAUGACAUCUUUCCAGGAGUCAGCGUGAAGUCAGUGUAAACUGGCCAGAAAUGCUGCUCUGCGGCCAGAGCUGAUCCGGAUCAGGCUUGCGCAUAUGAGCGGUUCAGCGAAAGCCCUGUGUGAGUACUCGAACUGCUUACUAGUCUUACCUCCCAGUAACAUUGCAAUGAGACGAGAUGUCCAAGAGGGUCGGGCUCGGUGUUUAUGUCGCCUGGGAAGGCACAAGGAGGCUCUGGAUAUCGCAGAAAAAUUGAGAAACGGCGCUACUAACACAGAUCACUUAACAACGGUUCUCAACCUGCAGUUUGCCAUUUACCAGGGUCUGGAAAAUGUAGAAGAAAAGAUCACGUGUCUGCAGCAGCUGAUCUGCUUACAUCCUUUCAACCCUUGGUACUGGAAGUUACUUGCUGAAUCUUAUAUGAGCCUUUUACAGAGUUUGUCUCCAUUAGUGAUUCCAGAAACAAAUCUAUAUCAGUCUGAAGAGGUUAGUGUAAGUGAUAGUAGUUUCAAAACAUCAGCUGGAAGAGAGAUUAAUUUGCAGCCUCACAGAUCAGAUGGCCGGAAAGAAGGCCCUCGGUUCAGCCUUGCUACAGAAACAAAGAGGGAGAAUGCCGUGACUUGUAGCAGCAGCCAAGCUGUAAAAGAAUUCCUCUGCACUUCAGAAGAACUGGAAAGGAUGGAUGAAGGGAAUCGCACAGCCUCCGAGUCCUGGGAGCAGAACAUGUCGAAGAGAGUUGGGAUAAAGGCAUGUGCCUCGUUUAUUAGAGCAAGGCUUUUACUUCAACUUAUCCAGUUGCAACAGUCGUCCUUUGCACUAGAGAAUAACAUAAAAGGCCAAAAAGAAAUUGAUGGCAAGGUGGCACGACUUGGUUUCAAUGAAAACUCCUUGCUGUUGAUGACCAAGGUUAUGGGGCAGGAUCUUAUACCAGAGAAGCUAAAAGAGGAAUUUCAGGGUGAGGUAAAAUGCAUAGGCCCUUCAGCACUGUCAUCACUGGUAACUGCAUCAGCCACAGAAUUUGAAAUCAAAUGGUUCGGUAAUCUCCAAGAUGAUUUAUGUCACUUUGAUAGACAAUUCCAUUCAGAUAUAGGUCUCCCACCUUCGGUAACUUAAAGGUUUUGUUGUAUUUAUUCUCAUCUCUCCAAAUAAUUAUGGAAUGAUAUAUGCAAUAAAGUUAAUAUUACAUUUUUUAAGAAUUCUUAUUGUAUAUCUUUUAAGAAUAUAUGUAUAAAUCUCUGCAUUUAAACUCUUAACAUCUCAUCUUCUUCUUUGUUCACUGAUUUGUUUGUAUUUAAAGUAGUAAGGAAUCCGGAAUAAAAUCGAGCUUUCACUUCAGCUUUCAGAGGUAGCUUUCCAUCAUAAACCUCACCAUGUUGUGAUUGGAGCACCUGUGAUUUUUUGAGGUCUGCAAUGCCAGUGGGGUGGAAGGCUUCCUUUAUGAUGUCCAGUUUGAAAGUUUCUUGGUGUCAAAUUCUAUGUUGUUGCAUUUAGACCCAUGGAAUUAGCCAUUUUCUUAAUUAAUUUUUUAAAUAUUUCUUGAUUAAGUGACAUUAUAGUGAUUUAUUGUUCAGAAAUGGAUAGCUAGGAUUCUUAAAUAUAUUUAUGCUGAGAAAUUGUCAAUAAGAAUAAUUCCAUAUGUUUUAGGAAAAAAAUCUAAGUGGCAAGUAUUGAACCUAGAACUGGAAGGAGAUUUUCUUUCUUCAAAGCUAAGAGUUUUUAGGAGGCGUAGAACUAGCUAUAGUCUUGUCUUCAAUGUGCUUAGAUGAGGGAGGAGAAAAACUGUCAACGUUGUUUAUAUGCACUGAAGAGUGUUUAGUCAGAUCAUACCCUUUGUAAAACCCUGCAAGGAAGAAGAUCUUUGCUGUGAAAACUGGCAGUGUUGUUUCUGCAUCAUACAGCUCCUUAUGUUAUGCUUUCAGUUGAUAAUGACACCACUUUGCUUUACUUUCUGAAGCAUCAAUGCUACGUGCUUUGGGCUUCUACAGAAAAAGGCAGAGAUUAUCCUGUAGUUUCUUUUGCUUGAAAUAAUUUACAUUUGAGGCAAACAAGGUGUGUUCUUCCCCCAUCUUCUCUUAAACUGAGACAUAAAUUCUUCAUAGCAUUUUGUAAAAGUGUUCUUUAAUGGAUAUAGUUUAAAACCAGGAAUCUCUUAGAUGUAAUUUGCUGUGACUUUUCUUCAUGUUUUCCUGUGUUUUCUUUCUGAAGUACUAAAGAGUGCUGAAACUUUAAAUAACUCACAAUUGAAUGGUAAUUCACCACAUGCAAACACACUUUGUAUCUGCUACAUUUAGGUGAAUUUUAAAGCUUUAAGAUACUGGUUAGGGAACCUGUGACUAACCCUUGGUAUGGUAUAGCCCUCUGCCAAGUUGGCUGUGAAACCUCUCCGGAAAAAUGGAAUAUCGCCUUCAGCCAUGUCAAAUUAUCUUUGAUAGUUUGGUGACUUAAUGCGAUUAAACCACAUCCUGGUCAGCUUGUUACGAAAGAUGAUGACUUGGCAAGUAUACUUGGGUAAGCAUUAACACACUCAUAAUGUAUUACAGAAUAUUUGGUUUAGUCAUGCGUGUGCUUUGCUAGGUGGAAAUUUUUGUGUGUGUGUGUAGAGCACUAUAUUUGGAUGGCAGCGAAGCCUGCCUGAAGGGCUGGAGAUGCUUUUAAGACUAACUGGUGUCAUAAGUUUUCAGUAGAGCCUGUCCAUAACGUGCUGUAAAUUAAUUACAAUGUUGGCAUCAACAGUAGAAUGUCUUACAGCACAGAUAUAGCAAACAUGGAAAGCUUAAUGCCAAAUAUGUCAGCAGUAUGUCUCCCGGUUUCCUCUUAAACUUAAGGUCAUGAGUACCCACAUAAAAAGGCUAUAAUUUGUUUUGCCACAGCUCUCGAGUAGGUUCAGUAGUUAGGACACCAGAAAACAGCUUUUGUGGAACCAGGUCUGUAUAGAUAUUUAAUGGGAACUUGCCAAAUGAUUUGGCUCCACAAUUUAGAAGGUGGAAAUGGCAUUGGAGCUGUUUUAGCAGCAAAUUAAAUACUUGCCAAAUGUUGUCAUUUUGUGGCUGAGAUGUCCGAAAUACACAGGGGCUAGCCAAGGUGAUUUGGAAACAUUUGCUGUGUGUGCAGAUUGUCUGACUUGAGGUUGUCUCUUAGACUGGGAACAUAACGGUUAGCUCUCUACUGGCUCCAGGAGUGGAAGGCAAGUGGCAGUUCUUAAGAACAGGCAGUAUUUUUCUCAAAUGUAACAAUAAAGCAAAAAUGUUGUUUUCUUUGCCGUAGUUAAAACCAACAUGAAUGUUGUUCUGAAUGUGUUGCAUAGUUACUGUUCCAAAUAACCAGUGUUUAUUGCACUGGGGCUAUGAAAUACUCCUUUGUCCCACUUGUGCCUGGCUAUCUCUCAUCUCAGCUACUUCAAUUCCUCCUUUUUUGGCCUGCUUCUCACUUUUUUAGCAUGCCACUUCUAACUCUAGUUUUCUGGUUUGGAUCAUAUCUCAUGAGGGGCUUAGCAUUCCCAUCUUGCAUUUGAAUGCUUCAUCGUUGCUUCUAUGUUCUGCAUAAUUCUACAUCUGCCUGUAAUAGAUUUCUUCAUUUUUUGGCUCUUAUGAUAUUAUUAUUGGUAUUAGUACAUGAACUGGUAUUCCACGCUGAGUUAAAUAGCAAAUUUUAGUAUUGCAAACUGCAAGUGAGAUUCCAUGAAUUGUUACUGAGGUUUUAUUUUGUUAUUUUAACACUUGCUUGUGUUACAGACGCUUCGGGAAGGACCCUCUGACCCUGGUUCUGAAGCUUCUGAAACGAUUGCUGUGUACAAACACAAUCUAGUUGUGUGUCUUGAUAUUGAGUGUUUGAACAGUGCUGGUUUUGAGGCAAUGUUAUUGUAAAAAUGAGUAUGGGAAUAGUCUUAAGAUCACUCAUAAGGAAUCAAGAGUUAUAACAUGGGGUCCUGCUUGUGCACGCAGCUGAGAGGGACCUUUACUGCUGGCAAUAACAAAAGGGUUUUAGCUAGUGCCUGCUUCUCCUGCCCUCUUUCCAGUACCUGCACACAAAAUAGAAGAAAAGAAAAAUGCAAGCAAAUCCAUUUUGGUAACAAUUUGGCGACCCAGGUGGGACUCUGCGGGUUCCCGACCUGUUGAGUGUGGUGGUGGCAUAUGACACAGCCAGUGCUGGGUGAGUUCCCUGAUUGCCCUUGUGGGAUCCGCAUUCCCUGGGGAGGUACUAAAACUGUGGGCAGCAUCAGUCAUGGGGGGUUCAACAGAUAAGGUAAAACAGGGUUCGCCGCUGGCAGAAAUUCUGGGAAACUGGAAGAAAAUUGACGGUCCUUUAGGACUCAGUGAAGCUUGAACUGUAGUUCUCUGUUGGGAUGAGUGGCCAGCAGGAACUCGGGACGGGACACCCCCUGUGCCCUGGCCCCUGGGAGGUGUAUUUGAUGUGAGUAAGGUGACCUUCCUGCCUCAUAUGCGAUAUGCGAUAAGGCGGAAUUGCCUCAUAUGGUAAAUCCAUGCUGACUACUUCCCAUCGCCGCCUUGUCCUUCACAGGACAACUUGGAAGUUGUUUCCAGGAUCUGUUGCUCCAUCGCUUCCCCAGGGACAGAGGUGCAGCUGGCAGGCCUAGCAAGGGUCAUGGAAGGGGGCUGCAUGGGACUGUGGUGUGCAAUGGUCCAGGAAGGAGGAAAGCCUGGGUGCUCUUUAUUUUCUAGGAGGAGCAACGGGGGCAGACCAGGGCAUGUUCUUUUUUUGCAAAAAAAGCAGGCUGUUGAAGAAGCAUUCAGUGAAAUGCUCCCAAGGAGCACAAGCAGCAAGCACAGGGGAUGUCCUGGAGCACGUGCUCCUCUGGGUGCUUUCUGCGUGAGCAGCAAUUGCACACAAAGUGUGCUCCACUAGCAGUUGUACAGCUGGGCAAGAGGCUUCGCACUCAGAGGUGCCUUGAUGGGGAACGCUCGCAGGACACCAGCAGAAGCACCUCAGCCAGAAGACCUGCAGGGCCGGUUUGGGCUGGGGAAGGGAUGCGGGGACACUCUGGAAAGCCCUGGCCAAGCCCAGCCUAUUCAUUCAGCUUACUGCCAGAGUGCGAACGCAGGGGCAGCAGUGGGUUCGAGGUGCCCUGCAAACAUCCUUUCCUGGCACGUGAGCGAUGCCUGCGCGGAGGGUCCCUUGGGCAGUGCCACUUAGUUUGGCUUUGCUCUCUGCUCCCCACGGUGAGGACAUGCACAGCCACCAGCCCUGACAGGAGCGUCCCCAUCGCUGCCAACAGCAGUGGUGCUCUGACAUGGCAGAGUUGCCCUCCAGAAAGCCCCAGGGGCCUUAU